CAAAACAUUCAGCGGGAGAACACAAACAGAAUCGAGAGUUUUAAGACGAGUACUUUUUAUUGGAAUACGCUGCAAUGGUUUCAUCUUAAAUGUUUUCAUUAGACUGUUGGUCCUAUCGGGGUAUAAACGAUUGUUAGUUGCCAGAAGCAGAAUGCGACGUUCAGGAGCUCCCAGCCAGCUCUCUGGUAACGCGAUGAAAAAGCCUCGGUUUGUUUCCCCUGGAGCAUCUACUUCUUUUCUCGCAGCUGAAUUCAAGCCCCUUAGCCCUAAACCUGGUUUAGGCAAUGCACUGGAAAAGGUCCAGAGAAGUUUAACAGCCCAAGCUCUGGGUGAAACAGAGUUUGAUGCCCAGCCCAAAGCUGCCCAUCCUGCUCCAGCCUUGUCAAGGGCCUUGGCUCGUGUUCUCAGUGUAGCAGAAAGUAAGGAAAAUGAGGCAAAACGUCCUACCACUGUCUCGGAAGAGUACUCCAAAGACAACGGAGCAGCAGGAGUGAAUGGUGACCCUCAGAUGAAUUCAAGGUCAGUCGGUGUUUCCGCAGCGGCAGGCCCAGACUCUGGCUGCAGUCAGGAAGGAGUGCGGUACUUCAGUGUGAUGUGGUGUAAAGCCAGUAAGAAGAAACACAAGCGCUGGGAGGGCGAUGCAGUCCUGAUCACAAGAGGACGCACAGCCACACUGAAAGACAUGGAGGGCAAGGACAUUGGAAAGGGUAGCGGCUACAAGGUGUCAACACUGGCCUCCCUGUCUGAUGGAGAGACCCUGAUGAUCGGAGGGAAGGAGGUGGAGGUGAUGGGGAUCAUUUCAGCUGAAGACUUUGCCAGGGGUCGUUGUUUCCUGGAGGUUCAGGUAGAGAAAGAGGAGCCAGUCACAAAGACGGCUCCACCUCCCUCUCGUGGGUCAGGGUCCAAAGCUUUCUGCUCCCCACUGCCGUCGGGGGGAGCCGAUCACUCGGGGUCCAAACCAGAGCAGCAACAAACCUGCAAACCUCGCCAUGACCCGCUGGCUCCAGGUGCUCUGGUGAUGCCUCGCCCCUCUGCGAACCACCAGUGGUCUAACAACAAAGCGGGGCUUCCUGUGGUGGACGUUGUUGUUGACCCGUACCUGACGACUCACCUGCGACCCCACCAGAGAGACGGCCUGCUCUUCCUCUAUGAGUGUGUCAUGGGCUUGAGAGCUGUGGGGCGCCACGGGGCCAUCCUGGCUGACGAGAUGGGUCUGGGGAAGACCCUGCAAAGUGUGGCGCUGGCGUGGACGAUGCUUAAACAAGGCCCUUACGGCGGGAAACCGGUUGCGAAGCGUGUCCUCGUGGUCACUCCUGGCAGCCUCGUGCACAACUGGGGGGCCGAGUUUAAGAAGUGGCUGGGCCGAGAGAGGAUCAACGUUUUCACUGUGGAUCAGGACAACAGGAUAGAGAAGUUUGUGUUGUCUCCUCUGCACAGCGUCCUUGUGAUCAGCUAUGAAAUGCUGCUGCGCUGCCUGGAGCAGGUACAGAAAGUGGAGUUUGGUCUUGUGAUUUGUGACGAGGGCCACAGGUUAAAGAACAGCAGCAUCAAGACGUCCUCAGCCAUCAGCAGCCUGAGCUGUAGCCGCAGAGUCAUACUGACAGGCACCCCGGUGCAGAAUGACCUGCAGGAGUUUUAUGCGAUCAUAGAGUUUGUAAACCCGGGCAUCCUGGGGUCGUCCACUGGGUAUAGGAAAGUUUACGAGGAGCCGAUUCUACGCUCCAGACAGCCCGCCUGCACUGAGGAGGAGAGCGUUUUGGGGGAAGAGCGAGCGGCCGAGCUCUCUCGCUUGACCGGCAUGUUCAUCCUGAGACGGACGCAGGAGAUCAUCAACCGCUACCUGCCUCCUCGUCUCGACUGGACGUUGUUCUGCGAGCCUUCCCCUCUACAGCGAGAUCUGUACCAGCAGCUUCUCGGCCACAGGGUCUUCAGAGCCUGCCUCCAGGGCUCCACGCAAACUCACACACACCUGGCCUGCAUCACCGCCCUGAAGAAGCUCUGUAACCACCCCGGGCUGCUGCUCUCCACCGUCAAGGAAAAACAUGACAGUGGUUCGGUGGAGAACACUUUAUACGACGGCCUGGUUGAGCUCUUCCCAGAAUCCUACUCUUCAGGUGGACUCAACACGGCUGACUCUGGAAAACUUCUGGUGCUGUCGGACUUACUGACCACCAUCAGACAACUCAACCCCUCAGACAGGGUGGUCGUAGUGUCCAACUAUACAAAGACACUUGACUUGCUGCAGGACUUGUGCGUCCAUAUGAGCUACACCUUCUGCCGACUUGACGGCCACACCCCCACCAGCCAGAGGCAGCGGCUGGUCGACGGUUUUAAUAGUCCUUACUCUCAGAACUUCCUGUUUCUACUGAGCUCCAAAGCAGGCGGGGUGGGGCUUAACCUAAUCGGGGCAUCCCACCUGGUGCUGUAUGAUAUCGACUGGAACCCUGCCAAUGACAUGCAGGCCAUGGCUCGGGUGUGGAGAGAUGGACAGAAGAAGACUGUGCACAUUUAUCGUCUCCUCACCGCAGGCACUAUUGAAGAGCGUAUAUUCCAGAGGCAGGUGUCCAAGCAGGGGCUUUCUGGGACAGUGGUGGACCUGGGCAAAAAGGCAGAGCACACUAGCUUCUCCACCAGUGAGCUGCGAGAUCUUUUUAGCCUGACAGACACGCUCUGCCUGACACACGACCUGCUGAACUGCAGCUGCAGCAUGGACGGCUCAGUCCACGCUGUCGAAGAGGAAGACGAGCAGGUUUCUGCUAGACCUUGCCAGCUCGGUCGUCAAGGUGACCGAGGGGGGGCGCCGCAGAAGCCUCUCAGCAUGUCCGAGCUGAUGCAGUGGAGACAUUUCUCCGGUGACACACACACCUUCUCAGACCCGUACCUCGAUCUCGCACGGAAACACAUCACCUUUGCCUUCCAGACAACCAUCUCUCACACAGCCCCGUGAAAAGACUCACACACACACACACACACACACACACACACACACACACACACACACACACACACACACACAAAACCUUGUUUUACAUGUUUUCAGGCUCUCUGGGCUUUGUCAGUAGACUGGCUACGUGAUAUGCCUAAACACUCAACAGUGGGCACUGAGUGAUGUUACUUACAUUCUAUGAGUUAUUUUAAACAUUUUUUCUUAAUUUAUUCAAAGUAAUUUACUGCAAAACUUCAUGAAAUAAAUGAAAUUCAAAAGGCA